AUGUUAAGCGGUGAUUCGGGUUGCACUCGUGAGUCGCUGCAGCCGCUGCCGCGGCCGGGCUACGACCGGGACCAGCGGCUGGCCCAGCUGGAGGAUGACCCGCGUUACUUCCCAGGUGCGGAACUGGGAAAGGCGCAGAAGGCCGCGAUGGGCAUCAAAGGCAUGCACGGUCGCAACACCGCAUCCUUUGACCCACGCUCCACACUGGUGCGGCCAGCCAUGCGAGUAGUAUACGGCAGGAAGGGCCAUGAGUUCGGGGCCAGCACGAAGCCUGACGACGUAGUGGUCGUACCUGAGCUGAUCUGUGACACUGGGGACUUGGCGAUUCUGAACCGUCUGGUGAAAGAAGUGCAGAAGCCAUCCGCUGAGGACCUGUCUGAGCCAAGCGAAGUGCCGACGAUUCGGAGCCUUGGGGCGCGCAUGUGCCAAUACUUCCAGGUCGAUCUGGACUCCGCAUCCUUCUGUGUGCGCUGGCACCGAGCAGAUGGCGGCAAAGCUCUGGAACUGGCGUCGCCGGGGUUCGGAAGGACGAAAGGUUCGGGAAGCUGCAUGCUCAACUUGUCCCUAGGUGCGACCUGCGAGCUGGCCUUCAAGCGUGCCAAGACGGGUGAGGUCCUGUAUUUCCCGCAAGCGAACGGCACGCUGAUGCUGAUGGGCCACGAAGUCGUCAACCGCUGGCUGCCAGGGGAGUCCAAGCGCCCAGACGGCACGCACAUCUCCAUCUCCGUUGCUGGCGUCAGCCGCCAGGCCGUCGAGGAGACCGCGCUGGCGGACACGGUUGCCGGCGCCACUAAGGAGGAGGGGGAGCAGAGCUCACCGCUCUCCUGGCCGGAUCGUCCCGUCCCGGCUUCCCGCCGCUACAUGUCGCACGUCAAGCAUGACGACGUGAUAGUGGUGCCGGAGUUUUUCUGCCAGGAAGAUGAUUGGAACAUUUACUACGCCCUCAUCAAGGAGAUGCGCGCAAGCCAGGCCAAAGGUGAACGUAAGGCUCAAUGGAUGUCAUGGCAUGAGGGCGCGCACUUGCUCAGUCAGAACCCAACUGGCUCAGAGACAUACACCAAGGUUGUGGAGCGGAUGUGUAGAUACUUCAAGGCAGGGAAGGGCAACCGCGGCACUCGCUUCAAUUGGUACAGAGAUGGGAUCUACUUCCCACAGAAAAACGGCAUGCUCUUCUUCUUCGGACGAGAUGUGAAUAUCACUUGGCAGCACGGCAUCAAUGCUCUGCCGGAUCAGGAGCAGGACGGGAAGGGCCGGAUCUCCAUCAUCUGCUGGUGCCUGUGCCAGCUUGGCGUGGAAGAGAAGGGCUCGCCGGGUAUGCUAACUGACGAGUCGCGGGGCGCCUUCAGCAUGCAUGGGUUCAAGAACAAGCUGCCAGUCCACGAGCUGCACGGGGGGAUGAGCACAAAAGAUGGAGAGGCAUCCACAGCAUGCAUACCGGAUUCUUGCAGGGCCCUCUUUGCCGCCUACUUCGUCCAGCUCGCUGAGUCUGUGGCGGCGCCAUCGCCUUCACCGGCUAUGGCAGCCUCGCCUGCGCCAGCGGCGGCCAUGGCAGGGAAGCAGCAGCCGCUGUUCCCAGUCCAGUACAACCUAGACUUGUCUGACCUCAAAGAGGAGGAGGGACUCACGAUCGUCUUUGACAAGACGAUCCGUUCCCUCAAGUUGGAAGCUGGUAUGUUGCCCCAAGGCGGCGUCGCCUGGGGAAAGUAUCACGACAACAUCCACACCACAGGGUGGUCUGAGCUUCAAGUUCAGACUGCAGACGACCUGACCAUGGCGAAUGACAUCAAGAUGUACGCAGCAGGCUACAUAGAAGGUCUGCUGACGUGCGUCCGUAUCUCUGAGUUCUACGCCAACAGCCAGAAGCUUCUUCUGGCAAAAGACAAGACUGCCAAUGCGCUGCCCGGCGUUCGCAAGCUGUUCCAAAAUCAGAUGGCCCAUGCGCGGUUCAUGACCAACAUGGAGAAGCACGUCUUCGCUGAAGAGCCCAAGGACCCGUACUGGAAGCAGGUGCGUUACACGUUCUUUCAGAUGUGGGGCUUGCUGGACGGCUACAACGCCGCGUCUCUUCGUUUUGGCGGUGAGACCUUGGAAUUGGAUGACAUGCUUUUUAUGAAUGCUGGAGGCGAGCUUCCGCAGCUGAUGCAGGCCUACACACCAGACAGGAAGGAGCACCGGGCUGCCCGAUCUCAGGCACCUUCCUUCCUGCAACAGCGCAGUCAAAGUCGGCACGAGGACGCUCUGGACGACGAGCACUGGGAGCGUCGUGUCGUGGAGAGCGGUCGAUGCUCUGCGCUCGUCCGUCUUGCGGACGGUGACACAGACCUGUACAUGGGUCACGCAACGUGGGACGAUUAUAGCAAGAUGAUGAGGAUCUUCAAGUUCUACAACUUCUCUUUGCCAGAAGCGGAGACCGCAGCGACCAAGAUCUCGUUUUCAUCCUACCCGGGUGUCAUCACCAGCACGGAUGACUUCUACGAGAUGAACAGUGGUAUCGUUGCGAUGGAGACCUCCUUGGUCAUCCUGGACCCAAACGUCUGGGACAAGGUCCUGGACUUCCCUCGCUUCCACAGCAUCCCGAACUUUAUGCACCUCAUGGCUGUGAACCGCUUGGCGAAGUCCUCCCCUGAUUGGGUGCAGCGGUUCUCCCGUACGAACACGGGUACCUUUGCAGCGCAGUGGAUGGUGGCGGACUACAACCAGUUUGAGAGUGGCAAGCCAUUGCCGGACGGCAUGUUCUGGAUUGUCGAGAUGAUCCCGGGCGUCUCGGAAAUGCAGGACAUGACCGGAUUCCUGCGGGAGCACAGGUAUUGGGCGUCCUUCAACCGCCCCUUCUUUGCCAAGACACGUGAGUUGUCCGGCUUCAACGCUGCUGAGAGGACCCACGGAUCCCUCUAUUCAUAUGAGGGCAACCCUCGCGCCUAUGCCUUCCGCAUGGCCGCGCCGGCGAUCAAUGCAUUGCAAGAGAUGAGGGAUGUCAUGACCCAGAACGCGUAUCCCUAUGGCAGUCCGCCGAACGAUCCGGGACACCAAAUUUCCGCGCGCAUGGAUCUCAGUCCAAUCCUCAAGUUGCCGAACGGGGGCAUCGAUGCCAAGGUGGUGAACCGCUGCCUGCUGAAGAAGCUGCAGGCCCAGGCCAUUAGCGGUCCAAGCCACACGCGCCACGAACCCUUCCGGUGGAAGGCUGAGGAUGGUACGGAGCUCUGGCCGCAGUAUCCUCAUGCUGGCCUGCCGAACCUGUGGAAUUUCGGCUACGUGCAGCUCGCCCAGUUUGGGCAGAUGGCUAUCACCGAUGAGAGUGAUUGCUGA